AUGUGGGUGGCCAUGGGAGUACUCUGGUGCCUGGUCCUCAGGGGUCUUCCCCAAGCUCUUGGCUCCUGCCCCUCCCAAUGUAGCUGUAGCCUACACAGCCUCAUCGAUGGCACCAAAAACAGGGCAGUUGUGUGCAAUGACCCUGAGAUGACGCUCCCUCCCAUGAUGAUCCCAUCAGACACCUCCAAGCUCCGCAUAGAGAAGACGUCCAUCAGGAGAGUGCCGGGCGAUGCUCUCCACCACCUCACUCGCCUCGAGUAUCUGUGGCUGCCCUACAAUUCUAUGACUAGCGUCAGUUCUGUCAUGCUGCGGGGCCUGCGGCGCCUUCGGGAGCUUCGCCUCCCUGGGAAUUACUUGGUGUCCUUCCCCUGGGGAGCUCUUGGGGAUACCCCACAGCUACGGCUACUUGAUCUUCAUGCGAACCGCCUCUCCGCUGUGUCUGCAGAGGCUGCCCGCUAUGCAAGGAACCUCACUUUUCUCGACCUCUCCAGCAAUCAGCUGAUGCGUCUCCCCCAGCAGCUCCUCACCACCUGGUCUCAUCUGCAGGCUGGUCCUUAUUCCCCCGGGGAAAGCUCCAAGAUCAUCUUGGGUCUUCAGGACAAUCCCUGGAUGUGUGACUGUAGCCUGUAUGAUAUGGUCCAGAUCUUAAACUUCCCAACUCCAAAUAUGGCCUUCAUUGAUCCAAGGCUGAAAUGUUCUACUCCUUGGAGCCUGGCUGGAGUUGCCUUCAGCCAACUGGAACUCAGAAAAUGCCAGCGUCCUGAGGUUUAUACUUCAGUGGCCAAGGUCAAGACCCUUCUGGGUAGCACCGUGUUCCUGCGCUGUGGGGCCACUGGGGUGCCCAGUCCAGAGCUCAGCUGGAGGAGAGCUGAUGGGCAUCAGCUCAAUGGGACAGUCCAUCAAGAAACCUCCAAUGAUGGCAUGAGUUGGUCUCUUCUGGGUUUGCCCGAGGUAUCCCACCACGACUCUGGAGAGUAUGUCUGCAAAGCCAAAAAUUCUUUGGGGGCCACCGAAGCAUUCGUCUCCCUCAUCAUCACUGAGGUCCAGACCACGGCUGAGCCCCAAGGGUCCACAACUAGACCAUGGCCAGGGAAGUCUGAGGGAGCAGAAGCUGCUGCUUACAAUGAGCUAGUGGCGAGGUAUGCUUCCACCACCUCCCGACCAUCUUCUCUGGUGGCCAGACCCACCCUUCCCAGCUAUGAGAAGAAUCCUGCUCUCCAACAUUUCCACAUGAAUGCUCUGGGAGAACUUUCUGUGGGGAGUCCUGGAGCAGAGCAGGCUGAUAGAGCCAAGGACCUAAAUCAUCUGGAGCCAACCCAAAUGGUGAGAUCAGUUAAGGUGGUGGGGGAUACUUACCACAGCGUGACCCUGGUGUGGAAAGCUCCCCAGGCUGGAAACACCACCAUGUUCAGUGUCCUCUAUGCCAUCUUUGGGGAGAAGGACAUGAAGAGGGUCAGUGUAGAUCCUGGGAAAACCAAGGUCACUAUUGAGGGUCUUAUGCCAAAAACCAAGUAUGUAGCUUGUGUCUGUGUGCGUGGCUUGGUCCCCAAGAAGGAGCAGUGCAUCAUCUUCUCCACGGAUGAGGUGGUGGAUGCUGAAGGCACGCAGAGACUCAUCAAUGUCGUGGUGAUCACCAUAGCGGGCAUCAUUGCGGUGCCCUUGACUUUGCUUGUCUGUUGUGGGUCCCUAAAGCGACGUUACCGGAAAUUUCGGAUGAGGAAGAAUGAGGAGACCCAGGGCUCCUAUGUCACCUUUGAGAGACUGGGCCCCGGUGAAGACGGAGUGGAGGAUUCGGCAAGGGACAGCCCAGAGGAGGGAGACAGGCUGCUCUCGUCGCGGUCUAGCAUGGAUUCCCACGCACCAUCCAAGGUAGAAGGCCAAGCCAAUGAGUACUUCUGCUGA